AUGACCUCUCAAAGUAAUUCUCAAGAUUCAGCCCAAGGCCUUCCUAAUACUGACCUUCAAGGACUCUUUGAUCGGGACCCCGCCGAAGCCACUAAGCUCCUUGAUGCAUCGAAGCAAUAUGGUUUCUUCUACCUUGACUUUCGAACGAUCUCUAAGAGCAAGACUGUUCUAAGUCUCAUUAAUCAGAUAUAUCGCUUCGAGGAAGAGCUUUUCAGUCUUCCGCAGGACUAUCUCAUGAAAUAUGAUGUUGACGAAAUAGGGUAUAUGAAAUUGAAUGGUUACAAGCCAAAGGGAAGAAAUUUUGGGCAUGGUGUCCUGGGUCUUAGCGAUGAGCCAUAUUAUCGACCACCAAUUUUCGAUGAGAACAUGCCUAUGUUGAAAGCGUACAUGCUGGCAAUGCAGGAAGCUACGGCCUCUAUCCACGACGCUCUUUCACGGGCCCUAGGUCUCCAAGUAGGCAGAAGAUUAGAAGAAUUCCACAGACCAGAUCGAGCCUCGCCUUGCAUCCUCCGGCUACUAAAGUAUCAUCCUCAGCCUGCCGAGGAGCGCGGGGCAUCUGGAACGCCACAUACAGAUCUCGGUAGUUUGACGAUCUUGUUCACAAAACAACCUGGACUUCAGGUUUUGAGGAAGGGGUGUGAUAAAUGGGAAUAUGUUGAGCCAAGAGCUGGACAUGCGAUUAUGAAUAUUGGUGAUGGAAUGUCGCUGUUGACCAAUGGCCUUCUCCACUCAAGUCUUCAUCGCGUUGCACCACCUCCAGGACAGGCCGUGACGACCCGGUACUCUUUUGCAUCAACUCAGAUACUUUAG